GUUUGGGGAAGGCUCUCACCCUCCCUGCUCUUCUGAAGGGGCUUGAUCCACGCUCUGUGGGUGUCUCCUGCCUCUCCAAGGAGGAACCUCCUAGGGCCUCCCAUCUGGCCUUGACAGAGCUGCUGUCGUCUCCUCCCUGGGGAGGAGAGUGAGGCAAUGGGUCUCUUUCUGCUGCUGUCUCUGCUGCUGCUGCCGUCUCGUCUGCAGGCCGGUAGCUCAGCAGAAUGUGAUCCAAGUACUAACUAUGGAAUCAACCAAACCGACCGCCUCUCAGCCCCUAAGGGUGCCUCCGUCCGUAUCCAUUUCUCCUUCUAUCAUGACUGGGAGUUAGCCACGGAUCCCAGAGUGAGUGUAGCCUUGAGACGGACACACUUCCAUGGGGAGGUCAUCUACAACAGUACUUGGCGUGUCAUCCAUCGGGACUACAAGAACCGGAUGUCCCUUGAAUUGUCAGUGGGCCAGAGGUCUGGCUCCCUGAAGAUAUCGAACCUGCAGGAGAAGGAUGGGAAUGUGUACUUUUGCCGGAUCCAAGUGGAAACAUUAAGAUGCGGCAAGAAGGUAUGGCAGAACCUCGAGGGGACCAAACUCACCAUCACCCCCGUUCUCAGGACAACCACCGCUGCCCCCACCACCCAUGGCCCCUCCGCCACUGGCCCCACCACCACUGGCCUCAGUGUCUUGGAAGGCAAUAGGAGCUCAGCAUCUUCACCCAUGAGUGUGGAACCUGUGGUCAUAGUGACACUGGCCAACACUGUGCUCAAAACUGCAAUUUUGGGACUGAUACUCUACCUCAGGUGGAAGAGAAGCAAAGGAUGAAGCCCAGGAUGGCAGCCCCACCCUCUAUGACUCCCCCACCCUCCCCAGCUCCUCGCCACCAGCAGCACCUCCCUGCCUCCCUCCCAAGGAGGCCCCCAGGAGGAGACAGCUAUAUUCUACCAGAAAGGCCUGACGAGUGGGACUGGAGGAUGACUUCCUUAGACUGAGCUGCCCAGCGGGUCACAGCCUCUGAUAAGGACCCCGGCCAGAUAGGAAGACUCAGAAGCCAGUGGGUGUGGAAGGCCUCCAAGGACCACAGACAGAGCCAUCUGCUCCAACCCCCUCUCCACCUUCCCAGCCCUUGCCCACAAGAGUCUGAUAGAAUUUGCCCAAAGGCAUCUAAGGAGAAAACUGAUGGCACCUUCCAUUUCUGUCUUCUCCUCCUCACCAAGAAUGAAUUAUAAUAAAGGGUCACACCCGAGAUCCCUCCCCCA